GUGCAUAUGUUCUCUCCUCAGUCAUUCCCAAAUAUUUUUCUUCUCAUAUCUCAGUAUCUCCACCACUUCUUCACAAAAUAUAAUUAAAAAACAAAAACAAAUCUUGAAAAUCCCAAUUUUCUUAAAUCUUUGUGAUUAAUUGCAUGGGAUAUAAUUUGUGAUAAUAUAUUUCUUUUUGGUCAUCAUAAUUUUUCUUCUUGUUGAUGGAGUAUUACUACUGCAGUGUUAGAUGGAGGAUUAUACACAAAAAAAUCCUUCUAUUUUUUACACUCUUCUUCUUCUUUUUUGUAGCCUACAAAACCCUCAACUCUACAAGUCUCUUUGAGAUCAAUUUUGGGUUGCCUGCUAAAGCUGAUUUUUCCUUCCAGAGACUCAAGAAGGCAACGGCAAAUACAAGGAGGAUUUUAGGUGGCUUAGGAUCGUCGCCGCCGCGGUGCAUCUUAAAAUGCGGCAGAUGCACGCCAUGUCAUCCGGUCCACGUGGCGGUGCCACCGGGGACUCCGGUGACCGCUGAGUACUACCCAGAAGCAUGGAGGUGCAAGUGUGGCAACAAGUUGUACAUGCCCUAAUUUAUAUGAUAUUUUU